ACGUUGCCCAUCUUAUUUUCUUCCUACGGUUAAACCCUAGCGAUGCCCGCGUACGUCACGUAACAAAUCAACAACCCCUAGCAAAACAUUUGACAGAGCUAAUUCGAAAUCUACCGUUUAGAGUGUGCACGCCGUUCAUUUCGCCACAAGCCGAUGAUUACAUCUCAAAGUCAGACAUACUGGCUGAUUGGCAGGUAGUGAUCGGAAAACCGUCAGAUUUUUUUUGGAAUUUUAGCGCUUUAGCCUUAAUUCGAUGUGAACUAAAACGGUAGUGGUCGGGUUGGCUUAAUUGUGCGGCACAAAAAAGUGAAAGGAAUUCGGUCCUGUGGCUGAAAGGAAGGCAAAUGGUGCCAAGUCGAAUCGAAAGCCAUUCGUGAAACGUGUGAUAUUUUAAAGUGUUCAUUGAAGUGAUAUCAAUUUAAUCUAAAUGAUACCGAAAAGAUAAGUGGUGAAAAAAGUCAUCGUCUGGAUUAAUUACAUCGAAAUAUGAGCGUCUUCCAUCGGCCCUUCGUGGGCCUACUGGUAUUGUGUUUCGUGAUAUCCCUGCUGUUGGCCCAGCGAAAUGAUGGCGAACGGCUGAUGAGUCACGUGGAGAAACAGCGCUACGAUGGCUGGUAUAAUAACUUGGCCCAUCCGGACUGGGGAGCUGUAGAUAAUCACCUCACCAGGAAAGCCCCACCCGCCUAUUCGGAUGGAGUGUACGUUCUGGCGGGCUCCAACCGACCCUCACCUCGCAGGUUAAGUCGAUUGUUCAUGCGUGGUAAGGAUGGGCUACCGUCGAAGUACAACCGCACUGCCCUACUGGCCUUCUUCGGUCAGGUCGUUACGAACGAGGUCGUCAUGGCGUCCGAGUCAGGCUGUCCCAUUGAGAUGCAUCGGAUAGAGAUCGAAAAGUGCGAUGAAAUGUACGAUCGCGAGUGUCGCGGUGAUCGAUACAUUCCCUUCCAUCGAGCUGCAUACGAUCGAAACACUGGGCAGAGUCCGAACGCCCCCAGGGAGCAGACUAAUCAGAUGACCGCGUGGAUUGAUGGUAGUUUUAUCUACAGUACGUCGGAGGCCUGGUUGAAUGCGAUGCGGGCGUUCCAGGAAGGUCUUUUGCUAACAGAUAAUGACGGAACGAUGCCAAUAAAGAAUACACAACGCGUGCCGCUGUUCAACAAUCCUGUGCCGCAUGUGAUGCGAAUGCUCAGUCCGGAGCGAUUGUACCUUUUGGGAGAUCCACGGACUAAUCAAAAUCCCGCUGUUCUCUCGUUUGCCAUUCUGUUCCUACGUUGGCACAACGUGGUCGCCAAACGUGUUCGCAAACAACACAGAGACUGGACCGAUGAGGAAAUUUUCCAACGAGCUCGGCGUGUUGUGAUAGCUAGUUUACAAAAUGUGAUAACCUACGAGUACCUGCCAGCGUUCUUGGACGCAGAACUGCCACCCUACUCAGGCUACAAAGCCGACACUCAUCCGGGAGUAAGCCACAUGUUUCAGGCCGCUGCGUUUCGGUUUGGACACUCUCUCAUACCUCCUGGUUUAUUCCGUCGUAAUGGCAAGUGUGAGUUCCGUAGAACCAACAUGGAUUACCCGGCGCUUAGAUUGUGCUCCACCUGGUGGAAUUCUAACGAUGUAUUGGAAGAAACUCCAACCGAAGAGUUCAUAAUGGGCAUGGCAUCACAACUUUCGGAACGAGAAGAUCCCCUGCUAUGUUCUGAUGUGCGCGACCAACUAUUCGGGCCAAUGGAAUUCUCGAGGCGAGAUCUGGGAGCGUUGAACAUUAUGCGCGGACGAGAUAAUGGACUGCCCGAUUACAAUACAGCUAGAGUUGCAUACAAACUACCAAAGAAGAAAACAUGGCGGGACAUCAAUCCGGAAGUGUUCGAGAAGAAUCCCGAAUUGCUGGAAUUGCUUAUCAAAACUUACGAGAAUCAACUGGACAAUGUGGAUGUGUACGUGGGAGGCAUGUUAGAAUCGGAUGGAAAACCAGGAGAGCUAUUCACUGCCGUCAUAAUCGAUCAAUUCACGAGGAUACGCGACGCUGAUCGAUUUUGGUUUGAAAAUGAGGACAAUGGCAUAUUUUCCAAGGAAGAAAUAGCCGAGCUCCGCAAGAUAACCAUGUGGGAUAUCAUCGUCAACAGCACAGAUAUCGAGUCUGACGAAAUUCAGAAGGAUGUCUUUCAUUGGAAUGAAGGUGAUCCUUGCCCACAGCCGGAGCAGUUGAAUGCAACUCUGCUGGAACCGUGCAACCACUUGGAAGGCUAUGAUUACUUUUCCGGAUCAGAAUUGGCUUACAUCUACUCUUGUGUAUUUCUUGGGUUUGUUCCGAUUCUCUGCGCCGGCGCGGGUUAUUGUGUUAUUAAGCUACAAAACAGCCGCCGGAGAAAAUUGAAAAUCAAACAGGAAGCACUGAAGUCUAAUGGAACCGGAAAAGCUUCUGUUGAAAAAAUGGUUGCUCGAGAAUGGCUUCACGCUAACCACAAACGACUGGUAACAGUGAAAUUUGGUCCAGAAGCGGCCAUUCAUACAGUAGAUCGUAAAGGGGAGAAACUCAGAACGUUUAGUUUGAAAAAUGUGGAUAUUGUGACAGUGGAGCAAUCCCAGGAAAACUACAAAAAGAAAAAACCUUACAUACUGUUACGAGUGCCAAACGAUCAUGAUUUAGUGAUGGAACUGGAAUCAAACUCUGCUCGUAGAAAGUUUGUGAAGAAGUUAGAAGACUUUCUGCUGCUGCAUAAAAAGGACAUGACUUUCGUGGAAAUUCAGCGUGAUCUUAUGCUUGCCAAGGCAGAGACUCGUGAACGGCGACAGAAACGAUUGGAGCACUUCUUCCGGGAGGCAUACGCACUGACCUUUGGAUUACGGCCCGGUGAGCGACGGAGACGAUCGGAUGUGUCAGCUGACGGGGAAGUGAUGACCGUGAUGCGGACCAGUCUGUCGAAGUCGGAAUUUGCCGCUGCGCUGGGUAUGAAACAGGACGAUAUGUUCGUGCGAAAGAUGUUCAACAUUGUCGAUAAGGAUCAGGAUGGGCGGAUUUCGUUUCAGGAGUUCCUGGAGACGGUCGUACUGUUCUCUCGUGGCAAAACGGAUGAUAAGCUGAGGAUAAUUUUCGACAUGUGCGACAACGACAGGAAUGGAGUGAUCGACAAGGGCGAGCUGAGCGAAAUGAUGCGAUCCCUGGUGGAAAUAGCCAGAACUACCAGUGUGACUGAUGAUCAGGUGAAGGAGCUUAUCGACGGAAUGUUUCAGGAUGUCGGUUUGGAGCACAAGAAUCACCUAACUUAUCAAGAUUUCAAGCUGAUGAUGAAGGAAUACAAGGGAGACUUUGUGGCCAUUGGAUUGGACUGCAAAGGAGCAAAGCAGAACUUUUUGGACACCUCGACAAACGUGGCACGCAUGACAUCGUUUCACAUUGAACCAUCUUCGGAUGCACGACGCAACUGGGUGCAGGAGAGAUGGGAUAGCUAUACAACCUUUUUGGAAGAGAAUCGACAGAAUAUCUUCUAUCUGUUCAUAUUUUAUGUGAUCACGAUUGUGCUGUUUGUUGAAAGAUUCAUUCAUUAUUCAUUCAUGGCGGAACACACGGAUUUGAGACACAUAAUGGGUGUUGGUAUCGCGAUCACUCGUGGCUCAGCUGCAUCGUUAUCAUUCUGUUACUCAUUGCUUCUUCUCACAAUGUCAAGGAAUCUGAUCACGAAGUUAAAAGAGUUCCCAAUUCAGCAGUACAUCCCUCUGGAUUCUCACAUCCAAUUUCAUAAGAUCGCAGCUUGUACUGCCUUGUUCUUCUCGGUGUUACACACCGUCGGCCAUAUUGUAAACUUCUACCACGUUUCCACGCAAUCGAUCGAGAAUCUGAAGUGUCUCACGAAGGAAGUACACUUCACCUCAGAUUAUCGACCGGAUAUCACAUACUGGUUGUUCCAAACCGUUACAGGCGUGACAGGUGUUCUUUUGUUCGUGAUUAUGUGCAUCAUAUUUGCAUUUGCACAUCCCACGAUCCGCAAGAAGGCGUAUAAGUUUUUCUGGAAUGCCCAUUCGUUGUACGUGCUACUGUAUAUACUAUGUUUAAUUCACGGGCUGGCCCGUCUUACCGGAGCACCACGCUUUUGGCUGUUUUUCAUCGGUCCCGGAAUCAUUUACACGCUGGAUAAAAUCGUUUCACUACGUACGAAGUACAUGGCAUUGGAUGUUAUUGAAACGGACUUGCUCCCAUCCGAUGUAAUCAAGAUCAAGUUUUAUCGUCCUCCAAAUCUCAAAUAUCUGUCGGGACAAUGGGUAAGAUUAUCAUGUACCGAGAUCAAACCAGAGGAAAUGCACAGCUUCACGCUUACAUCGGCCCCUCACGAGAACUUCCUCAGUUGCCAUAUUAAGGCGCAAGGUCCGUGGACCUGGAAAUUGCGAAACUAUUUCGACCCCUGUAACUACAAUCCGGAUGAUCAACCGAAGAUUCGUAUAGAAGGUCCUUUCGGUGGUGGAAAUCAGGAUUGGUACAAGUUCGAGGUCGCUGUCAUGGUUGGUGGUGGCAUCGGAGUCACUCCGUAUGCUUCGAUCCUGAACGAUCUGGUGUUCGGAACCAGCACCAAUCGGUAUUCUGGAGUGGCCUGUAAGAAGGUCUACUUCCUGUGGAUCUGUCCAUCCCACAAACACUUUGAGUGGUUCAUCGAUGUUCUGCGGGAUGUCGAGAAGAAGGACGUCACCAAUGUGCUGGAGAUUCACAUCUUCAUCACCCAGUUCUUCCAUAAGUUCGAUCUGCGAACGACUAUGCUGUACAUAUGUGAAAAUCAUUUCCAACGGUUGGCGAAAACAUCCAUGUUUACUGGGCUGAAAGCGGUGAAUCAUUUUGGUCGCCCAGACAUGUCCAGUUUUCUGAAGUUUGUACAAAAGAAACAUUCCUAUGUAUCGAAGAUAGGAGUGUUCUCCUGUGGACCACGGCCGCUAACCAAGAGUGUCAUGUCGGCGUGUGACGAAGUGAACAAGGGUAGAAAGUUGCCAUAUUUUAUUCAUCAUUUCGAAAACUUUGGCUAACCAGAGUCUUUCGCCUGGUCGCACAUAUCGUGUUCUGCUCAUUUAGGGGUAUUCGGCAUCGCCUAAUCGGUACCAAGUAAACCCCGUAAAUUAUCUCUAGUGAUUAGUAACUGUCAAUCUCUCUUAGAAGCAUAAGUUUUUGUUCAAUACAGCCGCAAUUCUGUAGAUAUUAAUCCGUGUCUAUUUCAAUAUGCAUGAAGUAUUAGCCCAAAUGCCUUGAAGGCUUGCGCGUGUAUUUAUUUUUGUUGUCCCAGAAGUCAAGCAACGCGAUAUUCAUCAAAAAUGAACCAAUAAACCAUUGUUGUACUGUGCAUGCGGUAGUAAGAAGGAUGUGCUUGUCCAAUUUAACCAGUGCGUCAUAUUGAAUAGGAUAGGUAUAGCGAAACGUGAGUGAUGUUACCAUUAAUUAUGUCGAAUCUUUCACUACGAUCCAAAAUCCACUAUAACACUAUAGUAACAUUCGUCAAACUGCCUGAUUUCAUUUGAACAAGAAUCUGUGAAAAUAUUUAAUUUUAAGAAUAACCAAUAAACUGCUAGUAAUAAAACUAUCUAAUCCGCUGAAGAUCUAUUUGGACUAGAUACCGUGCCUUCAACACUUUUACAUGUCCAUCAAUAGUAACAUCGAACUAUACCUUCGAACAACUCUUUUAAACCACUUUCUGUCCUGCUCCACUAUCUUCCUUAAAGUCUGCGAAUAAUGUUCAUUUUAUGUAGAUGUUAAUCAAAUAAGAAAUGAUGUUUGUAAGAAUUGUAAAUAGUUGCCGUAAGCAGUCUGUAUUUAUGAUCAAAAAUAAAACAGUCGAU